CAAUCCCAUGCUGGAACGAAACAAAAACAAAAUAAAACUUGUUGAAACCCGAAAUCAAGGAGCCCAAAAUUGUGAUGCCGACGCCGGCGACGCCCGUUCUUGGCGUUCUUCUUUGCGUUCCUCUAUCUACUGACUGACAUUAUAAUGAGCUUCUCUUUUACCUCGAAGGUUUGAAGCUGACCGACAAAAUCGAUUUCCAAAGUUCAGUUUCAGUUCAGCCGUAGAGCAAACCAAAGCAGUCCAAAGAGAAAACACAGAACAUCAACACGUGGUGCGCUGAAAGACACGCGUCAAUUUAGAGAUAAAAGGCACUGAAAAAAGCACAUAACACUAAAAUUAAAAGGUCGGGGCCUAUAGUCGCUAAAAUGGAGAAGAGUCAAGCUGCACAUGACUCACCAGAGAGCCCUGACUUCAUGUCAGAUGAUGAUUGGACAGACAUCGAGGAGGCGGAUGAAGACGACAAAGUUGACGAAGAAAGUGAUGAGGAGGAAGAGGACCAAAGAAAGGAGAAAAAGCAAGAUGAGAACUGCUACAUGCCUCUCUGCAUGCUACCCAUUGGCAUGAGCAGUGUCCUGUGGCAGCACUUUGGAUUUCCAAUGUGGGAUGAGCCUGCUGGAUCAUUGGUCACAGGAAUCAUCACCAGAGACUAUGUGGUGUGCACUUACUGCCAGCAGAUAGUACUCUUCCAACCAAAAGUCUUUCAGAAAAUGCGUGAACACUUAAUAAAAAGCCAUCCGAGGGUGCUCAAAGGUGGUUUGGCUGUAGAGCUAGUCCACUCUCCACUUUCUGAACUCAAGAUGCUGCCCAAUGUCCCCGUAAAUGACAAGAAGGGUGAAAAAAUUGAUGAAAUGAGGCUGAAUAGACAAAGGAGAACGGAACAUUAUGACACAGGAAAUAAUGUUAGAGAUCUUGUGCUUGGAUUUGGAAUUGGGAUUCUGGACCUUCCAUCUCUUGUCUAUGAUUCAUUCAAAGCUCUCACAGAUACUUUGAGCGAAGGUGCUUCAGAGUCUGUUAAGAAGGGUUUGGAUUUCACACUUGAAGAUUUAGAGGAAAUGCUAACAAUGAGGUACUCUGUUGUCAAAGAGCGGGUGAAAGCUACCCUUGCAGAGUGCAUGGAGUACAGUGUGAGCGUUGAGGAAUGGCUGGACGAGGAGAAAGAUGCAUUUCUCACCUUCUCUGUGAAUUACACUAAGAACAAGAAGCUAAUCAAUUCAAUCUUGCUUACUAGACCCAAAUACCUGCCAGAGAUGAAGAUUCACAUGAAGGACUUGUUUGAAAUGUGGGACCUUCGGAAAGAGAAGAUUACAGCUGUUGUCAGCAACACUGACGUCAACUUUGCAGAAUACUGGGAAUUUGACCCCAAAACUCAGUUCAUCCCUUGCUUCUUUAAAGUUCUCACGUCAAUUGUGAAAGACAAGCUGCUCCGCCUGGCUCAUAUGAAGAGACUCAUGCAAAGUCUGGAUCUGGAUUUCUCCUCACAAGACGACUUCGAGGAUAUGUAUGAUGCCAUUCAAAGCAGGAAUGAGAACUCAGUGGGAUGGGACAUCAGCAGGGUGGAAAAGAGUCUCUUGAACAAUUUGGUGCAAGUGCUAUCAAUUUUGAAACUCUGCGCUGACACAGUUGCCAUGGAGCGCCCCGCUGCUCUGAUGUCCAUGCUUUGGCCUAUGCUGCACCAAUUGCAGAAGAACUUUCUAAAUGCUGAUCUCAACAAGGAUGAACCAGAGGUGUUUGAAAUGAAGAAUGUAUUGAUGACGUCCCUCUUGGCUGCAUAUCAGCAUGCUUUGCCACUCAUUCAAACUGCCACUUUGCUGGAUCCUCGAUUCAGGCUGCUUGGAUGCCUCCCAGACUGUGCUGAUUUGCAGAAGAAAAUAUUGCUUGACCUGGAAGCUAUUGUCGAUGACAAGCAUAAAGAGAAACAAGCUGAAAUUGAGUAUUUGGCCACCUUCCGUACGGAGCAACCCUUGGACUACUUGGUCAGUCCUCUGAUCUGGUGGCAGCUUCCUGAUCAAAAGAGGCUCUUCCCAAACUUGAGAGUGCUUGCAAGGAAAUACCUUUGCAUUCCAAUCACAUGUGAGCCUCCCCGUAGAGUUCAAUCUGAGUGGAAGGAUAGUGAUGCAGAAGGAAAUUUCAUACUGAAGAGGAGCCAACUCAACUACUUCCAAACUGACCCAAUGCUCUUCCUGUGGUCCAACAAUCACAAUUAAUGAAUUGACUGUGAGUAACACUUUCAGGAUUUUUUUUUAUGUGCUAUGCCAAAAAGCUGACUUCGGAAGCAGAAGUGUUUCUUUUUUUGUUUGAAAUGAAAUUCUCAACAUGACGCACAAAUACAGCGCAAUCAUAUUUUGCAAAAUUUAAUUUUGAGAUAAAACAGCUCAAUUUGUAUUCGGAUUUAUUUAAACUUUCUCAUUACUAAUAAUAAAAAAAAAAUUGAAAUUGAAAAUUUA